GUUGAGUAAUUUCGUUUGGUAACCUAAAAAGUCUUUCUUCAGUGUUUUGCUAAUCCUUAGUCUCUGCUAAGAUAACAGGAAAACAUUUUUUCUAUUAGUGAGUAUUUGUGAGGAAAAAUGACUUCAUUUGCCAUGCAAUCCACGAUUUUGGGAAGUCCAGUCACAAGUUUUUCACAGAGUAAUAAUAGCCUGAAUAAGUUUGUUCCUAGCUGUUACUUGCCACACCUUGAGAAGAAUUCACGUCUUCGUGUUAAGUGUAUGUCCGAGCCAAAGCCAAGCACCAAUUUCAUCGACGUGUUCUCAUUCAGUGGUCCAGCACCUGAGAGGAUCAACGGUAGGCUAGCAAUGAUCGGAUUUGUAGCAGCCAUGGGUGUAGAACUAGCCAGCGGUGCUGAUUUAUCUGCUCAGUUAUCAAGUGGUGGAUUUUCAUGGUUUUUGGGAACAAGUGCUUUGCUCACUUUGGCUUCACUUAUCCCACUGUUCCAAGGAGUUACUGCUGAAUCCAAAUCUGGUGGGAUAAUGAGUGCUGAUGCUGAGAUUUGGAAUGGAAGAUUUGCUAUGUUAGGGUUAGUUGCUUUAGCUUUUACUGAAUAUGUUAAAGGAGCUGGCCUUUUCCAGGUCUGAAUGUAAAUUCUUUAGCUUAAGUUAAUAUUUUUUUUAAUUAAUAAUGUAAAGAAUAUAUGUAUUGAAGAUAUCUUCAAUAAUGAGAAUUAUAAAAUAUUUUGUUUCCUAA